AUGUAUAAUGAGAUAAACAAAUUAACGUCUGUAGAAAAUGAAUAUUUGGAAAAAAGUGGGAAAAAAAGAAGACAGAAAAAUAGAUCAUUUUAUUUAAUUUCGAAUGAAAAUGACAACAAAUAUUUCACACAAAUUGUAGACAAUUCCAUAUUUUCAAACGAACGUGACAAUGCUGUAAAAAAUUCGAAUCAAAAUAAUAUAGAAAGUGAUUAUAAAAAAGAUGUACAAGAACAUGACGAGGACUUGUCUACUCUUGAAGUUAUACGCCAACUAAGUUCAAUAAAAAUUGAUUCCAGCACAGAUUCGUCAAAUGCAAAAGAUUCUUAUGCUAGGAACCGAAUCAGAGAAAAAAAGAAAGAAAAAAAAAACGAAAAAAAGAAAAAAAUUAUUAUUCAUCACAUUCCAAGUAUAGAAUGUGUAGAAGAUAUCGUGGUUUAUGACGAAUCGAAAGAUACAGAAUUUCCAGAUUUAUAUGAACUUUUUUCAGAAUAUAACGUGAAAUAUUUUUACAAUAGAUUAGAAAGUGUACAAGUAAAAUGGAGUAAUAAAAUGAAGUUAUGUGCUGGGAUAUGUAUAUUUAAAAAAUCUGGAUAUUGUUGUAUUAGACUAUCACUCCCUUUACUAAAAUUGCGAAAAAUAAAAGAAUACAAAGAAACAUUACUACAUGAAAUGAUUCACGCCUUUUUAUUUUUAAAUCAAAAAAAAACUGAUAAAAACGAUGGACAUGGUCCUGAAUUCAAAAAACAUAUGUAUAGAAUAAAUAAAUUGACGGGUUUAAAUAUAAGCAUCUAUCACAGUUUUCAUGAUGAAGUUCAUUUUUACCGAAACCAUGUUUGGCGUUGUACAGGGAUUUGCAGAAAAUAUCCUCCACAUUUUGGAUACAUAAAACGAUCCAUGAAUCGCCCACCGGGACCAAAGGAAAAGUGGUGGAGAAGUCACUCAACUUAUUGUUCAGGAAAAUUUGUAAAAAUCAAAGAAUUAGAACCUUCUAAAAAUGUAGAAGGAAAUGGAAAUAAACACCCCCCCGAUCUUAAUACAACAUUAGAGGAAGAAAUUGAACUCCCCAAAAAAACAAACGGAAAAAAAAUAGAUGACAAUAGAACCAACGGGGCCAUGGAAAUUGAAGAUGUAAUGGAUGAUUUCAUGUUUAAUGAUACAAUAAUAAUAACGGAUUCAAAUAAAAAAAAAUCGAAAAAAAAAACAGAUACAUGUAAUAAUGAGUUAGAUAUAAUUAAUAUCAUUAAAACUUUGUUUAACAAUAAUAAGGAAAGUAAUAUUCAUAACUUUUCAACUUCAGAUAAUGCAAUAGAUUAUCAUAAAGCAUUUAAAAGUAAAAACUAUUUCGAAAUAGAUUAG